AUGAAGAAGACUUGACCUAAUUCUUCAGGAGCCUCCGAUCGGAGACUUAUAAGGCGGCGAUCGCCUCCGAGAGAGUCUUCUCAAUUAGCACCACGGUGACGACGCAAAGUUUUGCUGAGCCCGAGUGCAGCCUCCAAGAUGCAGAUCUUCGUAAAGACCUUAACGGGGAAGACUAUUACCCUUGAGGUGGAGUCUUCGGAUACCAUCGACAAUGUAAAGACGAAAAUUCAGGAUAAGGAAGGAAUCCCGCCCGACCAGCAGCGGCUCAUCUUUGCAGGCAAGCAGCUGGAGGAUGGGCGCACCCUUGCUGACUAUAACAUCCAGAAGGAGUCUACUCUUCAUCUGGUGCUCCGCCUGCGCGGUGGUGCCAAGAAGAGGAAGAAAAAAACCUACACCAAGCCCAAGAAGCUGAAACAUAAGAAGAAGAAAGUCAAGCUCGCGGUGCUGCAGUUCUACAAGGUGGACGACUCUGGGAAGGUGCAGCGCCUCCGCAAGGAGUGCCCCAACCCGGAAUGCGGAGCCGGAACCUUCAUGGCCAAUCACUUCGACCGUCACUAUUGCGGCAAGUGUGGUCUGACUUAUGUUUACCAGAAGGCUGGUGCAGAGUAGAGCUCUUUACUAUAUGUAUCAGGCUGGUUGUCCGUAGGUUUGAGCUCGCAUGUGCUGGUGUCAUUCGAGGCAGUUUAUUUCAAUCGAAUUUUAACGUUUCAGGCAGCGUGAUCAUCUAUCA